GCAAUUAUGGACAAUAUAGUAGUUGGUACUGUUUCACUAUCUUGGUUAAAAAUAAUGACUAAUGCUUCACACAGAGGUGAGGUUCAAAAACUACUUGUGGACCCAAAUUAUCGUGGUCGUGGUAUUGCUAAACAACUAUUAAAAAGAAUUGAAGAACUUGCAUUGUUACAAAAAUUUAAAUUAUUAAUUUUAGAUACCAAAUCCACAGAUCAAAUUUCAACCAAUCUAUAUCGUAAAAUGGGUUACUUAGAAGUGGGUAAUAUACCUUAUUUUGCUUUUGAUACCACCGGUUAUCAUAGUACCUUGUUUUUUUAUAAAAUUAUUGAUAAAGAAUUAAUUAAUAUUAAAAAUAAUUAAUAAUUUAAAAAUAAUAAAAAUAAUAAAAAUAAAAAUAAAAACAAACAAAAAUAGCACCAC